UUGCAGUCCUCGGGUUAACAAAUUGCUAUUGGUUUUGUUUUUUUAUAUUGAAUUGUUUCGGUAAUUUCUGAAAUGGAUCCAAUCACAGUUUUACAAAGUAGAAUUGAACAACUUGAAGCAAAGUUAGGUUUAGCUGUGAGUUCGAGUCCAGACGGUCAACAGAGAGAUUCUGCUACCAGCCAUUUACUAAACGCGGCUCAAACUAUGAACAAUGCCACAGUGGGACACGAAAAGCUCACUGAAGCUGUGAAUAUGGCCAAUGAACUGAAUAAUUACACCGACCCAAAUUUCGUUGAAAUGAGUGAGCAGAGCAACAAGCACAAGCAGGUGGUGGCAGCUGCGGAGCCCGUGCUGCGCCAUCACUGCUCCUGCAUGCACCGCUGCAAACAGGCUGUUCCAGUAUUAGAGUCUGAACCAAUACAGCAUGUUCCUGAAAUGCAGGCAACUGUUGAUAACAUGCACCAAGCUGCAGCAGAAGAAAAGGCUGAAGCAGACGCAGUAUCGCUUGGAAUACAAGAGAUAGCUGAGACGUGCGGCGCGGCUGCGGCGGCAGCGUCGGAGCAGCUGGCGGGCGCGGCGCGGCGCGUCGAGCAGGCCGAGCACAAAUUGUUUCCGCAGCGCAGGAACGGCCUGGAUUAGCUGAGCCCAUCCCUCGUUUCUCCACUUUCCACUCCCAGCUCCACUACUGCUUUACUGCAUUUGGUUCUUUAUCUAGCAAGUCGAUUAUACAUUUUUCCGGACUUCUUUCGGAAUAAUCCGGAGUUUUAAUUAAUUUGUCUACAUUCUUCGUUUUACAUCUCCAACUGUCGUGCUUUUUACGAAUCGUUGAACUUUUAAAGUGGUUAUUAUUUAAAUUGUAUUAUUUUUAUAUUAUACAAAACUGACAUAAUAAAUUAUUCUUUGACAUAAAA